AUGGCCACCCCGCCACCCGAGGGCGCCGCCGUCCUCAAAGAGGGAAAGCCGCUAGCUGCUCCGGCUCUCAAUGAUGUGACUCCUGCCUCGUCACUUAACAGGUCGCCCGACUCGCUAUUGAAUGGGAAAGUCGAAAAGGCCGCGCUCAAUGCUGCGGCUGUCGAUGCAAAUAAGGAAGCCGCGCCGACUCUGAACGGGCAGGACGCCGCCCAGUCACCGCUUGCCAAUGGCGCCAAUGGCAAACCUGCCGUGCCUGACUCACCGGCCCCUGACAAUAACAACAAUGGCAUUGACAGCAUCAAAGUUGCGACGACAAAACCAGAUCCUGACGCCAAGUCGCCAGGAAUUGCGCCAAAAGAAGCAACCGACUCUCCAGCCGCGGCCAAAUCCGAGGACGUCGAGUCUGCUGCCGACGAUAUAAAACCCGCACCCGACACCACCGACACAAAUCAUCUGGAGGUGCAAACUUCGCUGCCCCACCACCCAACGCCUGUCAAGGAGUCCCCCUCUGCCGACCACGAAAUGAUUGCCGACCAAGAAAUGAUUGAUGCUCCGCUUUCUCCCGCCAAGGUCUCGCGCCAGCGAGAGGUGGAUUCUGAAGAGGAACCUGCUGCCAAACGCACCAAGACCAACGGCGAGGAUGCCAGUCCUAAAACUACACAGGCUCCCCCCAUGGCUGAUCAAGUGCAACCUUCACCACCUUCACCUGCCCGCACCAUGUCUGGAGAAAUCACCCCUCUGCGACAAAAGUUCCUUGUAAAGGCACUCACCAACAUCAAGAGAGCGAACGAUUCGCGCUUCUACCGAGAACCGGUAGACCCGGUGAAAUUGAAUAUCCCAAGCUACUUCACCGUCAUCACUCAGCCCAUGGAUUUGUCCAAGAUCGACGACAAAUUGAAGAAGGGUCAAUAUACCGCGGUGGAACAAAUAGUGGCCGACGUGGAGCUGAUGACUGGCAAUGCCGCGCGGUUCAAUGGCCCGGACCAUAUUGUCUCUCUUGAGGGAUCUCGACUGAAAGGUCUGUUCCAGAAGCAAUUGGAAAAGCUUCCACGGCCUGAUGAAGUGGAGGAGAAGAAGCCAAAGAAGUUGCCCAUCCCCAAGGAACACAUUCCACGCCGCGAGCCUCGCGUCGCCACUCAACCCCCUCCAAAGCAAAACAAUGCUACCUCUCCAACCUUCGCAUUGAACCCAGAAGGACUACCCACUAUUCGUCGCGAUUCUACCAACCCUGAUGGCCGUCCGAAGCGCGCCAUUCACGCUCCCAAACGUGAUCUUCUUUAUUCUGCCAAGCCCAAGAAGCGGAAGUUUCAGUAUGAACUGAAGUUCUGCAAGGGCAUUUUGAGCGACUUGUAUGACGACAAGCUUUUCCUUCUCGCCAAUCCCUUCUACUACCCCGUUGACCCCGUCGCUUUGAAUAUCCCGACUUAUCACAGCGUUAUCAAGAAGCCUAUGGAUCUGUCGACCGUCCAGACCAAGUUGAAUGCCGGCCAGUACGAAAACGCCAAGGAAUUCGAGGCUGAUAUCCGUCUGAUGUUCAAAAAUUGCUUCAAAUUCAACAUCCCUGGUGACCCCAUCUACCAAGCUGGACAGAAACUAGAAGAGUAUUUCAGUGCCAAGUGGGCCAACAAGGACGCCUGGCUUGAAGAAAAUGAUCCGGACAACCAUCAGAGCGGUUCGUCCGAUGAGGAUAGUGAAGAAGUAGAAAGUGAAGAGGAUGGCGACCAAGAAAAACUUCUGGCUUUGCAGAGGCAAAUUGCUGAAAUGUCCAAGCAAGUUGAAGCAAUCACGCAGAAGAAGAAGAAAACCCCGCCAGCAUCGAAGAAGACAGCCAAAUCCAAGUCCGGCAAAAAGGACUCUAAAAAGAGCUCCAAGGGUGAUAAGAGGUCUAAACACGGCAAGUCGGACAAGCGCAACGUGACGUACCAUGAGAAGCAAAUUAUCUCGAAUGGAAUUAGUACCUUGCCCGACAAGAAGAUGCAAGAGGCUCUCCGAAUCAUCCAGUCCAACGUCCCAGCUCUCAAGGGCACCCAGGAGACAGAAAUUGAGCUCGACAUUGAUGAGCUUCCCAACGAAGUUCUCGUGCUGCUGUUGAAAUUCGUUAAGAAGAACGCUCCCCAGGUAAUGGAGGAUGAGGAUAUGUCUGCUCCGAUCUCAUCAACAGCGGUGCAGUCGAAGCCCAAAAAGAAUAAGCCGAUGAGCAAGUUCGAGCAGGAAGCUCAGAUCAACAUGCUGCAGGGUAGCCUGUCUCGGUUCCAGGGUGGCGGUGCGCAGCACUCUCCAGAACCGAUGCGUUCUGUCGAGGCCGAUGAUAGCUCUGACGAAUCUGACGAUGAUUCCGAAGAAAGCGAGGAGGAGUAA